UGGAUCAGGUUUGGGGCUUUCUUGCUCAAGUUGGUGAACUUUCCAUUAAGUACUUGAAAGGAAAUGCAUACUCUGCUUUUGCUGGGGGGGGCGUGCUCUGCGGUGUCAGGGACUUUCAAGAUACAGCAGUGGGACAUACACAGACAAGAUUUCCUUGAAUCUGCUCCUGGCUUGGGAAUGUUUGUGACUGUUACAACUUACAACGAUGAGGUAUUAUUGUCCAAGUUAUAUGGCCCACAAGGAAGGUUCUACUUUACUUCACAUUCACCCGGCGAACACAUCAUUUGCUUGGAAUCUAAUUCUACGAGACUUGUGUCAUUUGGUGGGAGUAAGCUGCGGAUCCACUUAGAGAUUCGAGUUGGACAACAUGACCUUGAUGCAGCCAUUGCUCAAGCAAAGGACAAAGUUAAUGAAGUUAGCUUUAAGUUGGAACACCUAAUUGAGCAAAUUGAGCAAAUAGUCAAAGAACAAAACUAUCAAAGGGACCGUGAAGAAAAUUUUCGAAUGAUCAGUGAAGAUACAAAUGGCAAUGUUUUAUGGUGGGCUUUUGCACAAACAUUAAUCUUUAUCUCAAUUGGAAUUUUCCAAAUGAAAUACCUUAAAGACUUCUUUAUAGCUAAGAAACUCGUUUAAAAUGUUAAUAAAGGCAACUACCUGCUAAUCUGCAUAAUAUUUGAGUUAAUCAAUCAAAAUACAUCGUAACCAUGUAAUUUUAUGAUAUCAAAGAUGAUCAGAGAUUGAAAUUAAUAUUA